AUGUUUGCCGUGGUUGACACUAGGCGGUUCCAAAUGUGGAAUGGCAACGUGACCAAGACAGUGCGGACGGUGAUGGACGCUCUUGCCCACGUUAACACCUACAACCAGGGAAUCCACGUCAAGGUGGUCCUGAUAGGUUUGGAGAUCUGGACAGAGAGGGACCAGGUGGGGGUUUCUGGGGACCUGCGGGAAGUGCUGCACAACUUCAACCGGUGGAGAGAAGAGGAGCUGGUCGGUCGGGCAAGGCAUGAUGUUGCCCAUCUCAUAGUAGGAUACGAUCCAGGAGAAUACCUGGGGGAAGCGUUUCUCAGUGGGGCCUGUGUGUCUGAGCUUUCAGCAGGAGUCGAAUCUUUCUAUCAUGAAGAUGCUACUGUCUUUGCAGUGCUCAUGGUGCAUGAGCUGGGCCAUAACCUUGGCAUGAAGCACGACCACCUGGCUUGCAUGUGUCCUGACCAGCCCUCCUGCAUCAUGCUUGAAACCUUCAGCUUUGAGAGUCGUUUCAGCAACUGUAGCUUCGACGAUUUCUACGAAUUCCUGCGCCAACACAAAGGGUCCUGCCUGUAUGACAAGCCGGCGCCCAGGGGAAAGGUCAGGAAGCCCUUCUGUGGGGACCACGUGGUAGACAGAGGGGAAGAGUGUGACUGUGGCGGUCCCCGUGACUGUAUGAAGGACCCGUGCUGCCUGCCCUCCUGCCAGAUGAGGCAGGGCUCAGACUGCAGUUUUGGAGCAUGCUGCAGAGAGUGCAAGUUUCUGAAGGCAGGCACGCCCUGUCGUCCCAGCGUGGAUGAGUGUGACCUCCCCGAAUACUGUAUUGGCAGCUCAAUGUGGUGCCAGCCUGACACCUACAAGCAAGAUGGCACCCCGUGCAGUGGCGGAGGUUACUGCUACCAGGGGCGGUGCAGGAGCCUGCAGAGGCAGUGUGUGGAGGUGUUUGGUGAGGGCUCCAGAGCCGCCCGGCAGAGCUGUUACCACCACCUGAACAGCCAGGGGGACAGGUUUGGGAACUGUGGCAGCGGCCAGAAAGGGUCACACGAGGCGUUUGUCAAGUGUGAGCCUGAAGAUGUCAUGUGUGGGAGGCUGCUGUGUGAGGACAUCCCGAGGUUGCCCCAAACAAGGAACCACCACACUUUCAUCCAGAUCCCCCUGGAAGACACGUGGUGCUGGGGGGUGGACCUGUUUGAGGACGUGGAUGUCCCUGACGGAGGGGCCGUGAAGGCGGGCACCUUGUGUGGCCCCCAGAAGAUCUGUCUCAACCGCACGUGCUCUGACGUGCGGGUACUGCGGUAUGACUGUGAGCCGGAGGCCGUGUGUCAUGGCAGAGGGGUCUGCAACAACCUCAAGCAUUGUCACUGUGAUGAUGGCUAUGCCCCUCCCACGUGUGAUUCUAGGGGCUUUGGGGGCAGUGUGGACAGUGGCCCCCCUCUCGAGGUCUAUACUUCCCUGGAGGUCAGAGACUCUUCUUUCGAGGUCAUAUCCCCUUCCAGGACCUUUUCUUUUGAGAGCGGGGUCCCUUUUCUUGAGGAAGCAGCCCUACCUCCUCAAGAAUACCCCUUUCCAACUCCUCUGGACCCCCCUCUCCUGAAGAUGCCGCCACCUCUGACUUGCCCUCUCUCCCUUACCCAGCCGUCACCUGUCCUCCCGUGGUUAUCAAGUCUGAAGAAGAAACCACAGAAAACAAAUCUUGUGUUUGGAUUUUGA